AUGCCUACUGCUCGACCGCGUAAUAUUCCUGAUGCGAAACGAAAAGGAUAUGUUGACAAUAUUGAAGCUGUGGAAACGAAACUGAAGUUAAUUACUUUAUUUCGCGAAAAUAACAAUUAUAUACCUUUAACCAAAAUACCUUCCUAUUAUUUUGCAAGAUUUAAUAGAGCAUUAGUUUAUAUGGGCAAAUUUAUGAAUACAAUUUUAAGCCAACAUCAAACUAUUGAUUGUGGAAUCAUUGUUAGACUUAGUGAACCAUUACAACAAGAAAGGAAUGAUUCUCUUCCAUUUAACAACAGUUUUAAUCAACAAAGUGAAAAUUUUCAAGAAACAGAAAUUGAGGAUAAAGAACAUGAGAUAGAUAAACAAAAAGUAAGAAGAUGGUUAGAGGAAAUACAAACAGAGCGUGUGGAACUAAAUGUUGCUCAAACUGCAAAUGGAAUAAGCGCAUUUUCAUCUGAAUACGAUUUAUUAACCAACAAGUAUCGAGUACUUAACUUGGAUACUAAUACCUUUUGCUCUGCCGGUGCUUUUAUGCCAAAUGGCACAUUAAUUGAAACUGGUGGUGAUGUAAUCGUUGGCCAAAAUUGGCUUUUUAUGUCCGCUAAUAAAAAGGCACAAAUUUGGGAUUAUGUAUCUCAUACAGUAAUAAAAACAUUACCCGAUGUCCCUGGUUCUCCACGUACUUACCCAUUAACAGGAUCUGCUACAUUAUUACCAUUAAAUUAUACUGAUAACUAUGCUGCUAAGAUAAUAUUUUGUGGUGGUUCUUUUGAUUUGAAACCUGAAACUCCUGCUGAUGCUACUUGUGCAAGGAUCGAUUUAAGUAAAGAUAAUGCUACUUGGGAAACUGAAGAUUUUGGAAGUCCGGCUCAACCUCGUGUUAUGCCUGACGCUAUUUUAAUGCCUAACGGAAAAGUAUUGUAUAUAAAUGGUGCUGCUAGUGGAUUUGCUGGUUGGGAUCAAGGAUCAACUACUAAUAGACUUCAUUCGGCCCAAAACCCUAUAAAAACGCCAUUUCUUUAUGAUCCAUUGGCAAACAAUGGAUCACGAUGGACUACUUUAGCUGCGUCAACCAUAGUUAGAGUUUAUCAUUCAAAUGCUUUUCUAUUGCCAGACGGAACAGUCUUUGUGUCAGGAAGUAAUCCUAAUUCUCCUCCUUGUACUACGUGUGAAUAUCCAACAGAGUAUGGAUACGCCAUAGACGUUACAAUGCCACCUAAUGAAAAUAUAAUGCCUCCAGGAAAAAGUACCUAUUUAUAUGUUUUAUCUAAUGGUGUUCCAGCUGAUACUGCUGUUGAAGUUGACCUUAGAGCCGCUGAUAA